CCCCCGGGACGGCCGGUGGGGUCCCCGCGGUGUGCUGGGCUGCCGGCCCCCCGGGGGGCUCCGUGCCCCGCGGUGGCACCGGGUGGGCCACGGGGGUCCCCGGGGGCGCACGUGCGGCCGUGGGUGUGUGCGGGCGGGCACGGGGCUCUGCUGAGGCUCUGCUGAGCCCCUCCGUGCGGGGACCCCCCUCCCGGCCUGGGCCAUGCUGGGGGGUCCGGAGCGGGGCGCGGGGCGCCUGCGGAUCUGCGAGCGGACCAAGCUGGUGCUGGUGGAGAUCGACACGGUGGCGUGUUGCAGCUCGGCCGCCGGCAUGGCCGCGGGGUGCCGGCCGGAGCCCCCCUGGACCUACCGCCGCAUCGCCGGGGAGUACGCGUACCUGGAGAAGCGCUUCGUGGCCGAGCUGGCCCCCCCCUGGCCCCCCGCGCCCCCCAAUCCCUCUCGACGCCUGCAGGACUUCGCCCCCCGGCCCCGGGUGCCCCCCACCCCCUGUCCCCGGCGACAGCCCAAGGGGACGGGGGGCAGCGGACCCUGGGGGGGGAACCCACCGCCCACACCCCGGCCCCCGGUGCCAACAGGCAGGUUGUGCCCCCCCACCUACGAGGUGCACAUGCAGCGGGUGCAGGCGGCCCACGCCCGCCGGGGGGGACCUCCCCCCUACAUCUCCCCCCCCGCCUACGACGCUCCCCACCGCACCCUGCAGCUCCGGCCCCCCCGGGGACCCCGCAGCCCCCCAGCGGCACCCCGGGCCCGAGGGGCUGUGCCGGGGGGCUGGAGCCACACGCUGCCCCGGGCGGCCACCGAGGCCAAGCACCGGCGACCCCGCGGGAUCCAGGCCCCUCCAGGGGGGACCGGCACCCCCCGGCACUGCCAGACGCUGCCGCGGGCGGCGGCGGGCCGGGAGCGGGUGCCGGGGCGCGGGAGGGGGCGGAGGGGGUCGGGGGGGCACGUCCUCAUCGAUGCCACCCGCGUGGUGGUCCGGGCGCAGUACGUGCCCCCCCCGCAGCGCCAGCAGGUUCGCUAUGCCGGGGGGUCCCCGGGGCCCAGCAGCCCUCCCCGCAGCCCUCCUACGCCCCCCAGGGCUCUCACCCCCCCGGCAGAGCCCUCGCCCCCCCAGGAGCCCACAGGCAGCCCCCGCAGUCCGUGGCGGAGCCCGGGGGGCUGCGGGGGUGCCCGGGGGCGGCCCCCCCCACGGCGGCCGGUGCUGUACGCCCAGGCCCUGCGGGAGGCCGUGUCCCGCAUCCGCCGCCACACCGCGCCCGACUCCGACUCGGAGGCCGAGGGGAGCAUGGGGGGGUCCCGGCGGCGGCUCUGCCGAGACCCCCGUGCCUACAGCAGCAGCAGCAGCAGCCUGGAGAGCACCGGGGCACCCCCGGGCCCUGCCAGCCCUACCCGAGCAUAA